AUGACUAAAAAGGAAGAGACGACAACUGUGAACAACGAUGCAUCAGCGUCCAGCAACAUUACAAUCGAGUCGUCCAUACCUUCGAUUCGAGACCGGAAGCGAGAUAAGGAUGUUGUUGUUGAGCCUGGACGCAUUUUGGCUGGUCAAACCUCCAUGUUGUCACGACCGCGUGCUCGAUCUGUUGGUCUACGUAAAGGGUCAUCUCCAGAUCCCCCAGCUCUGUCUCCUGGCGAUUCAACACCAGGCUCCAAACCAUCCGCCAUUCCGAAGCCUCCAAAAAACCUGCGGACCAGGGUUGUACAACCUGGUGUAUCCCUGAUUCCUUCGCUGUCGCGAAUUCCCCGAUUGACUCGACGAGAUUUGCCUACGGCUUCUCGAGAGGGUCCGGUUCGGGAGGAAAAGAAAUCAAGUGCAUCAAAGGCUUCAUCAGCGGAGGCCACGCAGAGAAGUUACAAAUAUCUGCCGGGGAGGUCAGUGCAGCCUUCAACUUCCAGCGCGAUCUAUGGCGAUGAGUCGAGGUCCCAUCAAAGGACGUCCGAUCCAAGAUCUACGGAUACAUUGUUACGAGAAAUCCAACCUUUCUCGACUGAUCCAGCUUCGUGCCCUCCUAUGACACGUCAGAGGCCGUCGAAGUCAUCACCACCUGAUUUAAAUCGCCAGGUUUCAACGAUCAAGCACAUUCGCCAACCUGAGAAGUUCAGCAACGAUCAUCCUACAACAACGCCAGAGAUUAUCAGCGACAACCAACGAACAGCAUCGUCUGAGGGGCUUCAUACCUCAUACAUUCCAACCAGUCCUCCAGCACUGCAUAGUAACGAUUUCUUAUUUGAAUAUGCUGAAGACUAUGCAUUCAUGGGGGAAGAUUCGGCGUCAACCUGGCUAUUUUCACCAUCCCUUAGCGCUUUGCCUUCUCCUGAGACGUCACCUUCUCGCACGCCUCAUUCCUGUUAUGGCGAUCAGAGUUCGUUUUUGGAGACCAACAUAUGGAGCAGCAUACCCACCUCACAUACACCAAGGGGAGCAGAACCAGAAAAUUCGAUCGAACAGGAAUGCCUUCCACUGGAUGCAGGCCGUCUGCCAUCUGGAGACAGGGUGCUCAGGAAGCCUGCCGAUGAUCAAUCCGGUAUUCCUGAUGCCAUUGAGACUGAUGCUGAGGCUGAGCAUAAGGCGGGUAUACAAUCUGCUCCCUUGGGAAAGAUGUUAUCGUGUGAUGUGUACAAGACACGUCAAUCUGGAGAGCUGGUUGCAUCAGAGUUGAGACAUAUCGUUUUGCCUUCACGAGACCGUUCAAGCAUCCGAAGAACCAGAGGUAGCAGCUGCAGUGCAUGGUCAAUUGGUGAGCUGACAGAUGAGGAGAGGUUGCUGCUUCAACUCAUGGCAUUGCAGAGGCGCAGCAGCGAGUUUGAUACGAAAAUGGCCAACAUGAGGGACCAAAGUGGACAAGCAGAGCACAGUGGGAAUAGAGGGAGUCACUCUGUUUCCUUAUCCCAAGCUGAGUACGAAAUAGAUGAGGCACCACAAAGCGAAG